AUGCACGCGGAACAAGCCGCCAUGGACGAUUUUGACGAUUUCGACAACGAAUUGGACGAAAUUCUGAAGAAUGCCGUGGAAGAGGAUAAAAGCAAGAAACCCACCGUUCUCACACCCUCUAAAAGCUCUGCGCGGAUUUCACUUUUCGAUGACGAGCCUAGGAUCAGCCAAGGGGCGGCGACAAGCUCCAAAGAAAACACCUUUCUCACCGCCUUGUUCGGUAACUCGGCUCCGACCAAAGCCACCACCGCGCAAGAAGCCCAAAGGACAUCUCAAGUCGCGAGUAGCGGUCCGCCACAAAAAUUGCAAAGUGACGCCGACAUUGAUCCUCUGGAUGCGAUUUUGUCCAGGACUAAGGCUCGGAAGGCUGCUCUGCAACCGCGGAAGCAAGCACACCAGGGAGAACACAGUGAACAUUCUCAGAAACAAACCGUUGCUCAGGAAAAAAUCCCCACACCUCAAACACGCCCAAAGUCUCCCAUUGAAGAGAUUCUCUCCGGGAAAUCCAAUGUGCCAAGACGCGAUUAUUCGGAUUACUCUUCUGAGAGCGAAGGGGAAUCGAUGUCGUCGCCGAACCUUGCUCAGAAACAAGUCCAGCUCCCACCAUCACAGGGUCGAGAAAAGCAAGAAAAGAAAAAGCAGCCCGGGCAAGCUCGAGGAGGCCUCCUGGAUGUGGAUAGCCUGGCGGGAAUCAACAUCAAAAAAAGUGUCGACCGGAAACCCCGGGAGAGCGAUAAUGCGCAGCCGUCCGUCGAAGCAGAACCGGCAAGCAUUAAUGCGCACACCUCGGCCGGUGGCGUCACAUCCGUCGCACAAAAGGAGAUCUCCAGGAAGGAAACUCGAACCAACGGGGAGAAGGGCGUCGAGAAUAUCGGUCUCGAAAGACACGAGAGCUAUGGAGACCAGGUGGAAGCUCUGAGGGGUCAACUGGAACUCCAGAGACAGCUCCUUCUCAUGAAGGAUGAGGCGAUUAAACAAGCACAGGACUCGAAGUCGAAUUCGUGGCGGGAUGGAAUCGAACAAAAACUCGAAAAGCUCUCCACGGAGCAGAGCUCCUUCUUGGAAACGAUCAGAGGUGGAUUCACCGACAUGAGACAACGGCUCUCCGAAGAGUUCGAACUGCAGAAACUACACGAGGAGGAGCGCCGGGCUCGAGAGGAGCGAAUCAAGCUCGAACAAGAGCAAACUCGGGAACGCUUCGAGAUUGAAGUGCGCGAAAAGUACGAACAAACGGUGGAUCGAAUCAACAAAGCAAACAACCUGCUCGUCAUGAAGAUGAAGAGUGAGCACGAAAGAGAGCUCAUGAUGCUCGAGAAAACAAAGCAAGAGGAGAUAGAUCAGGUGUCCAGAGCUUUCGACCAAACGAGAUCGGUCCGAGACCUCACGAAUAAAGUUUACAAUCUAGUGAGCCGAUUGGAAUUUCUGCAGCAUUCUUUGAUGUCGGAGUUCUGCGAGAAGAUGGAAAAAAGGCUGCAGAUGAUGGAGAGGAAAAUUUUGUCAGGACCAGCCCGAGUUGACGAGCUCACCCAGCGAUUGAGUAUUAUCGCCGACAAAGCGACGGAGGCUCAAGAUGAGACCCGAUCAGAAGUCAACCGUUUGCGUAAAGAGAUCCGCAGCUUCGUCGACGCGCAAGAAGACUUCCGCCAUAUGCUCCUACGAGAACAUCGGGGAUUAGUGGCUCAAAUCGUCGCAGACAGGAACAUGGCUCAAGUCUCGGUCCCGGCUCCACAGGCUGGUAGGCCAGCAGACAUAAAAUCCUCAAGGGUACCAACCCAAUCGACGAAUGCUGCUAUAUCCCAGGCGAUGUUCAUCUGGAGAAGCUAUCAGCAGGAGAACCUAUAA